UUUUUUACCAUAUAGAUCUGUACGAUAAGUUAAAUGUUGAAUCGAAUCUACUUUAUUAUCAUGCAAAGUUCAAGUGCCAUUUAAAAAAAAGGACAUUUAACUAUUGUAUCUGUGUCAAUGAAGGUAGGUUAAAGAAUUCGUUGACAAUCUUUCCACGGUCAGUGUGCGCAGAGAAGAGAAUCAUACCUUAAUUAACCAGAGUCCUAGUCCUGUAGUGUCUUUAUGUUUAGGAUUACAUGUUUCUUGUGCUGAAAGAAGUCAAUGAUAUAGUGGAUGAUAUCUUGAACUAAUCUAGGACAGCAAGACACAGCGAGGUCAGGUGUGUGUUGACUAGUUGGACACAGCUCAAACAGAUUGACAGUCUAAGUUAUAAGAAAGAAAUGACCUAACAGAAAAUCCAGUAUAAAAAAAACUGAAAUGCCGAAGUCCGUAAAGAAAGAAACUCCUGACCAUAUUCUGAAUAAAGUUCAGGAAGAUGAGACAGCAGAAGUUCAGAGACAAACCAACAACUGGCUGCAAAAGUCUGUGGCAGAUAACGUCAACAAAUCGCUUCAAAGUUUACACUCUAGCGACAGUUCUGACAAAAGCAGCCUCAGAAGCGAAGAUGAGAACACAUACUGGGACAUCGAUGCAUUAACAGACAAGUCUAUCCUGACGGACUCUCUCCUCUCGAUGAGUUCCGCCAUGAGCAAGAACAAUUUCGACUAUGCCACUGCCAAGAAGAAGAACAAAAGUGGAGUCGACAACUUAGCUUUUCAAAACACAGAGGACAUUCCCGAGAGUAAGCCCUUCAUGGAGCACGACACCACGAGGUCAAGGCCGACCCCCACUAGACUGGAGUCUGUGGCUCCAGAUUAUGACUCCAACGAGGAUGUGUUGUCUCCGUCGCCUGAUUACGGAGAUGCUGUUCGCCCCGCUGCCUCGUUUUCGUUCAAUGUAGAUUCUCCUCGGCUAAACAAAAAAUUGCCUGGAAGUGCUCCUGCAGUAGCUAAGAAACCGGAAAGUAUACCACUUGAUUUGUUGAGCAAACCAAGGACGACAAGCGUUCAUUUCAGAGCAUCUCCAGUUUUUGAGGAACAAAGUGAAACUUACUCUAGUACUAGAGAUCCUUUAAAACUAAUGGAUUUAUCCAAACUUCCGGAGCUAAAUUUGGAUUCUAUUACAGAUUCUAUAAAAAAGCGAUACUUCAAUGAUAAAAUAUAUACAUACUGUGGGGAGAUACUUAUUUCUGUCAAUCCAUAUAAACCUUUAGAAAUGUGUACAUCUCAGUUUCAUUAUGAAUAUCGGUAUGGUCAAAUCUCAGAAGAGCCUCAUCUAUUUGCAAUAUCUGCCAAAGCUUAUUCUGCAAUCAGGGAUUUAAAACAUAAUCAGGUCAUUUUAGUCAGUGGUGAAUCUGGGGCUGGCAAAACUGAGGCCACAAAAUAUAUAGUGCAGCAUUUAAUGUCAAUUGGUGGUAGUGAAUAUGACAACCUUCAGGACAAGAUAAUAAGAAUAAACCCUUUACUAGAGGCCUUUGGCAAUGCAAAAACCAUUCUCAAUUCCAAUUCCAGCAGAUUUGCCAAGUUUCUUUCACUAGCAGUUAAUGAACAAGGAAAAAUAGAAAGUGCUCGGGUUAAAGAUUACAUGUUAGAAAAAUCAAGAGUUGUUCACCACAGUCCAAAGGAGAGAACAUUUCAUGCUUUCUAUGCACUGCUGGUUGGUGCAUCUGAGGAUUUGUUAGAUAGCUUGUAUAUUAAAAGAAAGGACAAAUUCAGAAUUACAGGAGGCUAUUAUGACUUAAAUGUCAAGGAAAGAGAGGCUUAUAAAAUAAUAUAUGAGGAUCAGCAAGAUGUCUUUCAUUUGAUUAACCUAACACCUGAGGAAAUUCAAGAUGUGAACAGUAUCUUGGCUGCUAUUUUACAUCUUGGUAAUAUUGAAUUUGAGGAUAGUGACAAUGACAGUGUGAUAAUAAAAAAUGAAUCUGUUGUCCAACAAGCUGCUUUUUUGCUUCAUCUGGAUGUUGAAAAACUGACGAGAGUUUUAAUUGAACGCAGGGGAAGGCUUGGUAAAGACAGGCAAGUAACAUUCCCUGUUUCUUUCAACCAAACUGAUAAAGGAAGUAGCCUUUUAAGCACUCCAAGCAGAGGGGGAAUAUACCUAAGUCAAAGAGAUUUUGGCAGCAGCUCACAGAGAUCUUCAGAUGAUGAUUCUGAUUCAGGGGAGAUAAUUGAGCUGUCCAAAAACAAGAAACAAGCAGAUGAUGAAAGAGAUGCCAUCGCCAAAGUGUUGUAUGAAAGAAUGUUUGGAUGGCUGGUCAGAAAAGUCAAUGACUCUCUAAAGGCUAAUAAAUUGAGAAAUCUGCCAAGUAUUGGAAUACUUGAUAUCUGUGGUUUUGAGAACUUAGAAACUAACAGUUUUGAACAACUUUGUAUAAACAUUGUCAAUGAGCAACUGCAGAACUUUAUGAACAAGAAAGUCAUUGAGGAGGAGAGACAACUGUAUCUAGAUGAACAUGUAGAGAUCAGUGAUAUAGAUAUCUCAGGAAUCAACAAUGAUGCAAUAUUGAACAUGUUCAUGGAGAGAAAUGGUAUUCUGGCAAUGAUUGAUGAAGACUCUCGAAUAGAUUUUUCUGAUGACAACAAACUGGUAACAAAGCUGAAGAAAAUGUUUGACAAAGAUCCUCAUUUUGAGCCAUCAGCUAACAAUACUCCAGAAUUUGGUAUUGUGCACUUUGCUGGCAAGGUGUACUAUAGUGCUGUGUCCUUCAUUCAAAAGAAUAGAGACACAUUGAGUGACGAUACCCUAGAGUGUCUUAAGUCAAGUGAGAAUACACUCAUUCAAGAUCUGUUUACAGUCCAAGAAAGCCACACUGGCUCUAUUUCUAUGUCACAGUUUAACUUUAGAGGAUCUCGAAAACCAAAUUCCAAGCAGCGGCAUGUGAUUACUGACACUAAUUUAUCUCAAAGCAUAAAUCAGUCAAGAAAAACAACUCUUGAUCAAAGAUUUGGUGACAGGCCUCCUGGUAUAAGAUCUUUAGAUAUGGCUAAACGUAACACACACGUCAAAUUUUUUAAGCAUUCAUUACAAGAUUUGAUUGAUGCUAUGAAACAAGCAGAUCCAUAUUUUGUCAGAUGCAUCAAACCAAAUGAUAAGCAGAAACCAAAAGAAUUCAUAGAUGAACAGGUCAGAGUUCAGCUACAAUACAAUGGUGUUAAAGAAGCUGCCAGAAUUAGAACUUUUGGAUUUGGUUAUCCUGUUCGAAUGCCUGUAACUGAUUUUGAACAAAAAUUCAAGGAUCUUGUGACUAAUCCCACCAAAGAUCAACUAGCUGAUGACAUUUUAGAAACAGUUCUAGCUGAGGCCUCAACUUUCAAAAUUGGGAAAACUCAGAUCUUCAUGAAAGAAAAUGUGAAGAAAGCUUUAGAAGACUCAUUACAUUUAUUAAGAAGGCAGCAGGAAAUGGAGAGGCUGAAAAAGUUAGAAAUGGAAAGAUUAGAAAAGGAAAGACAAGAACAACUUCAAAAGAUGGAGAAAGAACGCCUAUUGAAAGAACAUAGGGAUAAAAUGGCAAAAGAAUUUAUGCGUUUCUCUCAAGACGAUGUGGAUGGACGUCAUUUGGACACUAUAACAGAAGUUCAAACACCAGCAUCAAAUGUCAGUGAUGGUGACUAUAAUAUGUCAAAACAUUCAAGCUCUAGUAGAGAUACCCAAGAGGAUGAAGAUGAGGAUUCUGAUGACAGCAGUGAUCAGACAUUUGAGAAAAUACCAGUUGAGUCUGAAAACAAGUCAGAUAAAAAGCCUUGGGACAUCUCACAAGAGCUGACUGAAGAAGAAGAGAAGAAUGAUGUUCAUGAACAGCCUGUUUUGAUGGUCCUCAAGUUUAUUGUUUACAUCUUACUUCUAGUUCUGAUCUUUGCUGCCUUGACUUGUCAAAAGAUAAGCCUGAUGAUAGCAAUAAAAAACAUGACAGUUGACAAAAAAGAUAAAGAUGCAAGACAGAAAUUUUCCAAACUGUAUUUGGUAUUUGCAAUGUGUAUACCUAACAUACUUUGGUGGAUCAUCACUGUACUAAAAUUAUGCUUUGGGAAUUACAAGUCUCCUUCUGUUUGGACAUGGAUAUGGGUGACUCUUAUGGAAAGUCUUCACUCUGUAGGUCUUUCUUUGCUGGUAUUUCGAGUUCUGAAAUAUGUGGAUCCUAUCAGGGGACUUAUGUUGUUGUCUGGAGUUGCUAUCAUUCCCUCCAUCUUGAAGUUUAGUAUGUCUGAAGGGGAUUUUCAAGCCUCCCGCAACACAUGCGUUGAGUGUGAAAGUAGCAGUCCACAAAGAAAGGCAGUCAGGAUACUGUUUGAUUUUGUAGCUAUGGGUUUUCAGUUGACUGUUAUUCCUCUGAGCAUCUUUUUGGAUUUUUUGUUUACAGAUAGCAUCAACAAUCACCCAUCAAGAGUUAUAGAGAUAGUAUUUGCUCUUCUUUUGGUUUCUUGUGGUCACUGGGAGAACUUUGUAGAUGGGCGUUUCUUUUGUGAGCUAAAAAAUAGAAACUGGUUUAAAAAUGCAGUUUUAAAAAUGAGAUUUGAGCUUCAAAAAGGCAGACACUUUCCGCAUUUGGUUUCUCUCUUAUUUAAAAUUGGCCUAACAAUUUGGCUGGGUUAUCAACUAACUGAACUUGAUUAUGUAGAUACUUUCCAGCAUAUGCAUUCCAAAUUCCCUAUUUUAGAUGUAUCUGCUGUCAUAACUUUAUGUAUUUCACCAUUUGUGGCAUUCUACUUGUCAUUUGGUGCCUGCAUGUUUCAGAUGCAGAUACCUUCACUCACUAUCCCUUUGACAUUUGCCACCCCUGCAGCCAUAGGUGUAUUUGCUCUCAACAACCAAUACAAUUUCCUGACUUCUGUUUCAAGUAUAAUAAUGGUAGAUCCUCCAGCAAGUUCUCCUAUGCCUCUCACCAUGUCAUCAUUAAUCACAGUAGCCAAAUGGUGGCACAUAUUGUUUGGGAUUGGCUGGUGGUUUUCUCUUCUCAUCCUAACUAGAUAUAUUUGGAGACCUCAGAAAGAUAGAACAGCUAACAUGGAAAGACUAUUUUUAAACCCAUCAUAUUGUGGAAUACUAACAACAGAGAAUAUUAUGUUAAAUCGCAAACGUCAUCCAAUGAAGGUUGAAGAAAUCAUAAAAAUGGAUGAUGAGGGGGAAGUUAUUGGCAAAUUCUACAAGCUAAAAGGUUUUAAAAGAAAGAAGACAUCAGAUGAGGAUUUUGAAGAAGAUGAAAUAGGCAGUGAUGUUGAGGACAGUCGACAAGCUAGUGAUGAGACUAUGGAGACUGGCAUAUCUAAUGAUAGCUUUAGAGGUCCAGCACAGGCAGACAGAUCCCCAGAUGUACCUUUGUUGUAUGCAUGUGCCACAAUGUGGCAUGAGACUAGGCAGGAGAUGAUUCAGCUCUUGAAAUCUUUGCACAGGCUGGAUAGAGAUCAGUACAUCAGAAAACUAGCCAAUGAAAAGGUUGGAGGCAAUGAUCCAGACUUUUAUAACUUUGAGGCUCACAUAUUUUUUGAUGAUGCCAUGGAGCUGGAUGACUUUGAUAGGAGAGUUCCCAACCGUUGGGUCAAAGAUCUAGUUAAAAGCAUGGAUGUUGCAUGCAGCUCUGUUCAUGGAAAACCUAUUAAAGUUCACCCCCCCAUGAAAAUACCUACACCCUAUGGUGGACAGCUUAUAUGGCAGAUGCCAGGAGAAAAUCUUCUUUUUGUUCAUAUGAAAGAUGUAUCUAAGAUAAGAAACAGAAAGAGGUGGUCACAGGUCAUGUACAUGUACUAUCUCCUUGGUUACCGCCAUAUCAUGAGUUGUAAGAAGGACUUAUUGGAGAAAAUGAAAAACAUUGAUGCCGGGCGUGGUGGAUUUGGUCUGAAUAUUCAUGAAAUUAAUUAUUUGCUUGGGGAACAAGCAGCUGCAAGGUCUCACAACACAUUUUUAUUGGCUUUGGAUGGAGAUACAGAUUUUACACCUGGAGCUGUCAAAAUUCUACUUGACCGCAUGAAAGAUGACAAUGUUGGAGCUGCUUGUGGUAGAAUUCAUCCAAUCGGCAAUGGUCCUAUGAUUUGGUACCAGAAAUUUGAAUAUGCUAUUGGUCACUGGCUUCAAAAAGCUGCAGAACACGUGUUUGGAUGUGUUCUUUGUAGCCCUGGUUGCUUCAGUUUGUUUAGAGCUGGAGCUUUAAUGGAUACAAAUGUCAUGAAGAAAUACACUACAGAACCAACAGAACCAUCUCAUCAUUUACAGUAUGAUCAAGGUGAAGAUCGAUGGCUGUGUACAUUAUUGUUACAACAAGGCUACAGGAUUGAGUAUGCUGCUGCUGCUGAUGCCUGGACUUUUGCUCCAGAAGGCUUCUUUGAAUUUUUCAACCAGCGUCGUCGUUGGAUGCCCUCAACUAUAGCUAAUAUUCUUGAUUUACUUGGCACUGCAACCCUAACAACCAAAAAAAAUGCAAACAUGAGUUUUCCAUAUAUCAUUUAUCAAUGGCUACUCAUGUUGAUGACAAUCCUAGGACCUGGAACUAUUCUUAUGAUGAUUGCAGGAGCUGCCAAACUUGUUUUCAGCAUGUCCAAUGUCGAUGCCUAUCUGUUUGCUACCAUUCCUGCUGCAGUCUUCACAAUUGCCUGCUUUUGGUUGCAGUCCAAAUACCAGUUGAUAUUUGCUGCAGUGCUGAGUGUCAUGUACACUUUCAUCAUGAUUGUAGUCUUUGUUGGCUCCAUCAAGACAGCCUCUGAAAACAGUGUCCUGCACUCCAGUGUUAUUGUCAUGGUUAUAUUGGUAGCCAUUUUUAUCAUAGCAGGAUUUUGUCAUCCUCAGGAAAUUUGGUGCCUUAUUCAUGGUGUACUUUAUUUAUUAACAAUACCAUCUGGCUAUCUCCUCCUUGUUAUAUACUCUAUCUGCAAUUUGAAUGAUGUUUCUUGGGGAACCAGAGAAGUUCCAACAAAAGCACAGAGGCUUGAAAUGGAACAGAAGAAAAAAGAAAAGGAAGAACAGAAGAAAAAUAAACAAAGAAAAGGUUUUCUGGCAAGGAUUUUUAAUAGAGGAGAAGAACACCUGAAAGAGUUAACUACAUUAGUUAAAACUUUGAUGCCUGAGAGAAGCAACCAUCUGAAGGCUGACCUAGACAUGAGUGGGGAAUCUGGGAAAUCAGUUGUGGAAUUACUAAGUAAAAUAGAAAACAAUUUACAAAUACUCAUAGAAAAAAGUGAACCUGGGAAUCCCACCAUCAGAAGAGAUUCAGAUGACACUGAGCUAAAAUCUGUAGUUGUAGCCCAGCCUACAAUCAGCGAAGCACCAGUAUCAAACCUAGCAGCAUCAGUUAGAAAACCAACAGAGGAAGAGAAACCACCAGAAGUUAUUCCUGCCAAGCCGUUACAUUCUAUUUUGAAAAAAAGGAAAGAAAAAGAAAGAGAUGAAUUAAGAAAUCCAUUCUGGGCAGAAGACAGAGGUUUAGGGGGAGGAGAAGUUAUAGUUGCAAAUAAACAAGAGCUUGAGUUUUGGACAGAUUUUGUCACUAAAUAUUUACUGCCCAUUCGACCUAGCCCUGAAGAAAAGAAAAAAAUAGCUGAUGGACUUAGAGAUCUCAGAAAUUCUUCCUCAUUUGCACUAAUAAUUACGAAUCUUCUCUGGAUGGCCUUGAAUUUUAUGUUUCAAGAAAAGCAAGUAGCAAGACUUACAAUCAAAUAUAAUGCUAAUGGGGAGCAAAAAUUGGAGGAAAGUGUUUUGGGUUUUGCUUUUGUGGCUCUCUUAAUACUUCUGUUACUUUUACAAAUGAUUGGCAUGUUCAUUCAUAGGAUGGGAACUCUACAACAUCUGUUGGCUAUAACUGAAAUUAAAAUGAGAAAAGGAGACAAAAAAAGUUCUGCUAAGGAUAGACAGGAUAGAGAAGAUGUGAUGAGACACAUUAGAGAAGUCUUAAAGAUUCCUGCUGCUUAUGAUGAUGGGAAUGAGACUACGCCACCACAGCUGGCUGAUCAAAAUAAUCCUUUAGGUCUGUCUGUCAUUGGUGCAUCUACAAGAGGAUCUCAGGGGAGAUCCCAUCAAAACAUAUUGAAACAAGAACUUGGCAGAACUUUGAAAACAUUGGGGCCCACAUUUGAUGCCCAUAGAUCUAGUGGUAACAGUAAUUUGAAUAGAGAUGCUUUGCACACUCUGAACAGUGUUCGUCAAAGGCUGAUUUCUGGGACAAUUAAUUCAAAACUUGAAAAUCUACAACAUGGACUAGGUAAAUCCUUCAGACCUCAACUUCCACCUCGAUUAACAAAGAAUACACCAGCACUGAUGCAAACUUCAAAUGCUUGGGGUUUCACUGCUGAUGAGCUGUCUCGUCAUCGCCUCCUAGGUAUCGAUACAAACUCUGGCCCCAAUAACUUUCACAGUUAUAGUCCUAUGGGUGCCAUGGGAAGAUCUCUGAUGCAAAGAUCCAGGCUUAUAAAUGAAUUCACGUCUGAAAAUCCAAGAAGACCUAACAGAAGCAUUAACUGGUCUAAUUCUGAUGUUGCUGAACACAGGCGACCUUCUCACAGCAAGAAAAAACUUGUCAACCAUCAUGGAGCAGCAGAAAGCCAUCGCCUUUAGAAUAAACGGAGCAAUUUAGCAUUUGGUACGUUUUAAAAAAAUAUUUUAUAACUGCAAUAUUCUCAAAUUUGUGUCACACAAUGACUAUUAUCCAAUAGAAUCAUAUCAUUGUAGCUGUGCUACUUUUUUUUUUAUUCUUUAGAAGUGGGAGAUCAUUUAAAUCUUAUACAAAUCUUGAACUAAUAGAUGAUGCCUCAUUCCUUUUGAAAGCUUAUUGACCCCUCACUUCUAAAUUAUCCCUACAUUGUCAUGUCUUAUGAAUAACACAAAAUCGUUGAAUCAAAAUUUAUUUAUUGUUCAAAUUGUUUGUAUAUAUAUUUAUAUAUAUUUUCUACUGACAGAUGGGUAUCUUAAGAAGUUUUUAUUAGCUAGUUCAUGACCUGCAAACUGUGAUGUACACUUUCUAAUGUCUUCAUCUUUUAAUAAUGUUGUUGAGUUCUAUACUUUAAUCUUGUUGUGCCAUUGACAAAAGGUUUAGAAUCAUCUUUGGAAGUGUUUCUUGUUUCUCUUUGCUAAGUUUCCAUUUCAAGUGAAUUAAAAUAUAAAGUUUGAAUUAGUAUGCUUUAUAGUAUUGUUUACUUUUCUUUUUUUCUGUUUCAAAAUGUUUUGUUUUUACUAUGUGAUUAUUUGAUUAACUAUAUUAAUGUACCAGUAUUUAUUUAUAUACAGAUAUGACCAUGUGAUACACAUAAUCUUAUACACAGAUUUGUUGACAUUGUACCAAUACUUUUUAACUUGAUUGAACAUGUUGACAUUGUACCACUACUUUUUUAACUUGAUUGAACAUGUUGACAUUGUACCAAUACUUUUUAACUUGAUUGAACAUGUUGACUUAUUUUUAUUGAAGACUUUAUUGUAGUUUUGAAUAUACAUUUUUUAACAUUUAAUGUGGCCAACAUUCUUUGACUCCUGCCAAAAUUUAUGAAUAAAUUUUCAAAGUUUCUUAAGUUGACUAACAUCAAAAAAUGAGACAUUGUACUUCUUAUUAGAUACUUUAUUUGACUAUUUGAAAGUGCCAUGCAAAUACAUUAAUCUCUUUUUCUAUUUGAAUGUAUUGGUGGAAUUGUUUUUUUUAAUUAUUUUUUUGUUAUUUUUUAUUUGUACUUCCUUCUGAAAAUAAGGCCUAGGGAAAAAAUUGAUUCUUUAUCAGCACUAUUAUCGCUCUGAUAUGUAUAUAUUACUCCCCUAUAUUAUCAAAAGAUUUGGAAAAACAUUUGUUUACCAUACUUUUCCAGCUUCCAUUUCUUCCUAUGUUCACCCAUGUGUAAUGUCCUAAAUUUUCUUCGUAAUGAAUUAAAAACCAAAUGCUUUGUUAUCAAGUAGUUGUCAUUUCAAUGUUUACAUGUAUUGUCAUUCCAUGUACGCAUUCGUCAUGAAAUAUCCAAUGAAAUCUAUGCAGUUUAACUCUUUGUUCAUGUUCAAUUUUAUCUUUUAUUUCUUAUAUUAAUAAAUGCAUACAAGUUACUAUGAUCUAUUUUGAUGACCACAGUUUAUGGAAUUUAUGCUGAAAUAAAAAUGUUUUCUAUAUGAUCUAUA